AUCACUCUUUACCAUACCUCCCCAUUCAAUCCUUUAAAACUCCAGAAACCCCUAUCAAAAUGGUCCACUUCUCAACAAUCUUCACCGCCCUCACCCUCUUCUCCUCCGCCGUGAGCGCCCAUCCGGGGGAGCACAAAGAGGCAGAGGCCGCAACCCUUGCCCGCCGCGCCGAAUUCCUCUCCUACUCCAAGCGUUCCAUAGCCGCUUGCAAAGACAAGGUGAAAGCGAGGGACCUAGAGGCCCGCGCAAUUGCCCGGCGUAGCGCCCUCGCCGACGAGAUUCGCCAGCAGCGCGCCAUCGUCAGGAAGAGAAGCGUCGAGAGCGUACUGAGCACUGACCAUGAGACCAACCUCACGGGAGUUACCUUGGAUAUUGAUACUGGGGUAUUGUUCUCCGGGGAUGUUAAAUGCGUGCUUCAGCCGGAGGUUACGCAGGGCCCAUACUAUGUCGAUGGAGAGCUCGUCCGCCACGAUGUCCGCGACGGCGAACCGGGCAUAGACCUCUGGGCCGACAUCCAAGUGGUCGAUAUAAACACCUGCGAGCCCAUACCGAACCUGUACCUGGACUGGUGGCAUGCAAACGCAUCGGGCGUGUACAGCGGAGUCAUAGCGAGCGGUAAUGGCGACUCCUCUGACGCCACUAACAUCAACAAAACAUUCACGCGCGGUCUUCGCCCCACCUCCCCCGACGGCGUCGCUCAAGUCCUCAGCAUCUUCCCCGGCCACUACACCGGACGCACAACCCACGUGCACAUCCUCGCACAUGUGAAUGCCACCCUCCACCGCAACCAGACCCUCAUGGGAGGCCACAACGCGCACGUCGGACAAUUCUUCUUCGACCAAUCCCUCAUCUCCGCCGUUUCCGCUGUCGCCCCCUACAGCACGAACGAGCAGGAGGCCACGCCGAACGCGAAUGACACCAUCCUGGCGGAGGAGGCGGACAGCAUGGAUCCCGUUAUGGAAUACGCACUUUUAGGAGAUGAGGUCGAAGAUGGGAUCUUGGCGUGGAUCACCGUCGGCUUGGAUGCUUCCGCUGAUUAUUCCGUCUCCAGCGCUGCGACGUGGACCGCACAUGGGGGGGUUGCUAACGAGGGAGGGAACAUAGGUGGCGCGCCUGGCGGUUCUCCCAGCGGUUCCGCCGCUCCGUCGGGGGCUGCGCCUAGUGGGUUGUAAGUCCUCGUUCGCUUAAUCCAAGCUGGCCAUGGAGGUGGAUAGUUGUAUUUUAUUCCGUUCUACUGUGUAGAUGAGGUGGGGAAGUGGAAAUUGUUUCUGACUUUUGCAUUUGCAUUUUUAUUCGCUUGCAUUGUUGUUCGCUAGUCAUGGGAUUGGAAUCUUGACUCGGCUCGGUUUCCCUUGG